AUGGGAGGUGCGGCAGAGAAGUGGAGACCCGGCCGGGGGCGGCGUCCCGGCUGGGGCACACACGCGGGCGGGGUCGACGGGGGCGCGAGCUGCGGCCGGGGCCCGGGUGGCAGCGGGGGCCCGGGCAGCGGCGGGCGGGCAGCAGCCGCAGCACCCAGCGCACCGCCCGGCACCUCCGGGCUGGGACUCCGGCUGCGCGACCCGGACGCUUCCAGGAGCAGCCUCCGCCUCUGCAGGAGCAGCUCCUGGCGCCGUUGCCGCCGCCGCUGCAGCAGCUGCUGCCACAACCCCCGCCCCGGGCCCGGGCGCCGCCAGCCGCGGACCCGCCCCCGGCCGCAGCUCCACCCCCGCGGGGGCGUGGCGCGGCCUCGGCGAGCCAGGCGCGCGGGCCGCCAACGCGGCCACAGCAGCCAGGCGCGCGCUGGGAGCUCGCGGCCGCACCGGCGCCACCCCCGCGCCGCCGCCGCCGCUGCCGACUCGGCGCUCACUUUAAUACCGCGCGGAGCCCCGGCGCCCGGGGGCGCCUCGCUCCCCACCCCCUCCCCAUCCCAUUGGGGCUCUUGGCCUGGGAGACCUCCGCCCCGACGACCCUGCUUUGUGUGGUGGCCCCGUCACCACCGCUGCCCCGGCACGUCACAAAUCCGGGGAGAGGCCGGCCGGCCGGUAGCUCCCAACUCGGAGAAGGAGCCUCCCUGGGGAGCCACCGGCAGCCUCCCGGUUCCCGCCCUGCUGGGCCGCGCGACUCUUGCGCGCCAUCCCCGGGGCUCUCGGGAGAACCUGCUAGUUCCGAGACCCGCGACUCUCGGGAUGCCUCCCCUGCGAAAGAUUUGCCUUGGAAAGUCUUUGACAAUGGCUUUCAGCUGA